UCGUGUCCUCUCUACACAGUUUCUUAUAAAAAACAGAGCCCGUGAGAUAGAGUGAGAGUGUGUGGAAAUGGCGACUAGGGUUUCGAUCUGCUUGUUUGUAUUGGCUUUUGCCUUCUCAAUCUUAGCUUCGUCUCCGGUGAAGAUCUCGGCUGCGGAGGAUGAAGCUAAAGAGUUCGUCCUCACUUUGACGCACUCUAACUUCUCUGACAUUGUCAGUAAGCACGACUUCAUCGUCGUUGAGUUCUACGCUCCAUGGUGCGGCCACUGUAAGAAAAUUGCACCUGAGUAUGAGAAGGCUGCUUCUAUACUGAGUAGUCAUGACCCUCCAAUUAUUCUUGCCAAAGUUGAUGCCAACGAUGAUGCAAACAAAGAGCUUGCAUCAGAAUUUGAGAUUAGGGGCUUCCCAACUCUUAAGAUUUUGAGAAAUGGAGGGAAAUCUAUUGAAGAGUACAAAGGUCCUCGUGAGGCCGAUGGUAUUGUUGAGUAUCUGAAGAAACAAAGUGGUCCUGCUUCUGCUGAGAUAAAAUCUGCUGAAGAUGCUAGCAGUCUUAUCGUCGACAAUAAAAUUGUCAUUGUUGGAGUGUUCCCAAAGUUUUCUGGAGAGGAAUUUGAGAACUUCACGGCUGUAGCUGAGAAAUUUCGCUCUGACUAUGAUUUUGUUCAUACUUCGGAUGCCAAAUUCCUUCCUCGUGGGGAAUCAUCAGUGACUGGCCCCUUGGUUAGGCUUUUGAAGCCAUUUGAUGAACUCUUUGUUGAUUUCCAGGAUUUUCAUGUUGAUGCUCUGGAGAAGUUUGUUGAGGAAUCGAGUGUGCCUAUUGUCACACUCUUUAACAAGGAUCCUAGCAACCACCCUUUUGUUAUCAAAUUCUUCAAUGGUCCCAAUGCCAAGGCCAUGCUGUUUCUAGACCACAGCAGUGAGCUUUUUGAUGCUUUUAAGUCAAAGUAUCAUGAAGUUGCUGAACAAUACAAAGGAAAAGGCAUAAACUUCCUCCUGGGAGAUCUUGAAGCUAGUCAAGGUGCUUUCCAGUAUUUUGGACUUAAGGACGACCAGGUGCCUCUCAUCGUUAUACAAACCAAUGAUGGACAGAAAUAUCUGAAACCUAAUUUGGAGCCUGACCAUAUUGCACCUUGGGUGAAGGAAUACCAGGAUGGCAAAGUGCUACCAUACAAAAAAUCCGAACCUAUCCCUGAAGUCAACAAUGAACCUGUGAAGGUGGUCGUAGCUGAUACCCUCCAGGAAAUAGUUUUUAACUCUGGAAAAAAUGUUCUGGUGGAGUUUUAUGCUCCUUGGUGUGGGCAUUGCAAAAAAUUGGCUCCAAUCUUGGAUGAAGUUGCUAUCUCCUUUGAAAAUGAUGCUGAUGUGGUCAUUGCAAAGCUGGAUGCAACUGCAAAUGAUAUCCCAAAUGACACUUUCGAUGUGAAAGGAUACCCAACUCUGUACUUUAAGUCUGCUAGCGGAAACAUCUCGCAGUAUGAAGGGGAUAGGUCGAAGGAAGACAUCAUUGAGUUCAUUAAGAAGAAUCGGGAUAAGGCUGCUCAGCAAGAAGGCUCAAAAGAUGAGCUGUGAUGAGUGAGGGCAUCCUUGUCAUCUGUGAAGAAGAUACAAACAUUUCCCAGUUGGGUACUACUGGUGGCGACUAUUAUACAAAAACGAUCCAUGGAUGAUAGCAAGAAAUGAAGGCCUUAUCUCUCUCCCUCUCUGCAUUCCUCCUUACCACCAUUCUCUCUUUCAGUUGAAGUUUUUAUUUUUAAAGUCAGAAUAAAAUGGGGAGGGGUUCGUCUGGCUCUAGUAGCUGCAGUAGUUUUCAGUUUCCAGUUUUGAUGAUAAUACUAUAGUUUACAGUGUAACAAUUAUGUGCCUGUAUCUGCUCUAAUUUAGAAGUAAUAUUUCUGGUACUAAGAUUUUCUUAUAUUGCCGGUGAAAUAUAUUUAUGUGUUUUUGGUCUA